GAAUUAGUUUUAUAAUUUAAUCCGCAUAUAAUAGACAAAAUAGCUCAUAUUUUCUUUUGUACGGUUUUAUCUUCAUAAGGCUUCUGAAGUUGAAGGAAAGUUAUUAAAGGGACCUAACUUCCACAUGUGAGUUAUUUAUUAUAAGUUAAAAAUUGGGACGAAGAUGGCUGGGUCAUUUCGCCUUGCGUUAGUUCAGCUGGCUGUAACUGCUUCAAAAUCGGACAAUCUUGCUCGUGCUGCUCGCUUAAUCAAAGAGGCUGCGUCGAAAGGAGCUAACAUUGUCGCUUUACCAGAGUGUUUUAAUUCCCCUUACGGGACGAGCUAUUUCCCGGAGUAUGCGGAACCUAUUCCGGGUCCGUCAACUGAGACGCUCGUCAAUGCAGCGAGGGAGAACAAUAUUUAUCUAGUUGGUGGCUCGAUCCCAGAGGAAGAUGGCGGGAAAAUUUAUAAUACUUGUACCGUUUACAAUCCAAAUGGUGACUUGAUUGCGAAGCAUAGAAAAGUCCACUUGACUGAUAUUGAUGUGCCUGGGAAAAUAAGAUUCAAGGAAUCGGAGACACUAAGUGCUGGAAAUAACUUAAGUUUUUUCGACACUCCAUUGUGUCGGAUUGGAAUUGGAAUAUGUUAUGACAUAAGAUUUGCUGAAAUGGCACAAAUCUAUGCAAAAAAUGGAUGCAAAUUAUUGAUAUAUCCUGGUGCCUUCAACAUGACCACAGGUCCUGCACACUGGGAGUUACUUACCCGAGCACGAGCCUUGGAUAACCAACUUUACGUGGCAACAGUGUCGCCCGCACGUGACGAAAAUGCUUCCUACGUGGCGUGGGGUCACAGCAGUGCAGUUAGCCCAUGGGGAGAAGUAGUUGCAACAACUGGUCAUGAAGAAAACAUCGUAUACGUGGACAUUGAUCUUGGACUGAUAGACCAAGUUCGUGGACAAGUGCCGAUUACAGUCCAGAGAAGAAACGAUUUGUAUGAAGUCAUUGAAAAGAAUAAAGAUUAACACAAGAAUGUGCAACUAUGAUUUUCAGUUUUGAAAUAUAAAUGAUACUUUAACGCAAACUUGAAAAUGUGUUAAAAUCAUUAAUUUAAUCAGAGACCAUGUGUUUCCAUUGGUAUCAGUUUAUUACCAUUUUGUGCUAUGUUUGUGAAUUCGGUAUCGUUAAGAGCAGUAUGUAAAUAUGCUGUUCAGAUACGUAUUUUUGUUUAGAAGUGAGCUUCCGACUGAAAUGAAAUUGAUAAGUUAAAAAACGUAAGCGUGUGGUUUACUGUGGUGUUAAACAUUCACAAGAAAAACAGUUACAUAUAUAUGUACGUAAUACACUAAUAAAAACUGAUGAGAUAUUGUUUCUACUAGCGUUAACUUAGGUGUAGUAUUUAAAUUAAUUAUCAAAAACCACGCAUAAGUCUUAAUAAAGGAAUAUGAAAGUAUGUAAAGCAGGUGCAAAUAGGCCACAUGACGUAGUUGAAAUCAGUUGGAAAAUGUUUUGUUGAAUAAUAAAUGUAAAUAU